ACUCCGACUUCGAGGAUAUAUUACGUUCGGCAUCUUCAAAAGCGACAGUAUUUAUUGUUUGUGGCAAUCCUGACUCUACCAGAGAGCUGAUGAUCAAAACACACAAGCUUGGAAUGGACAGGGGAGACUAUGUAUUCAUUAACAUACAUUUGGAAAACAGUGAGCACAGUGACCUCGAUAUCAGACUACCUUGGUAUCGUGAGUCCGAUACUGAUGAACAAAACAACAUGGCAAGGAAAGCUUAUGAAACUCUUAUGACAAUAAGUGUGCGGGAACCAGCCAGUGCGGAGUAUAAUCACUUCAGUAACGAAGUUAAAAGAAGAACCAAGGCAAUGUUCCCCAAUAUUAAUUAUGACGAGGAAACGGUAAACAAUUUUGUAGGGGCAUUUCAUGAUGCUGUUGUGUUAUAUGCGCUUGCUUUAAAUGAAACUAUUGAGGCUGGUCAACCAAUUUCUAACGGUACUGCUGUUACACAUAGAAUGUGGGACCGAACAUUUAAUGGCAUAACAGGCACGGUUGCUAUAGACGAAAAUGGUGAUAGAUUGAUGGAUUAUUCCCUUCUUGACAUGGAUCCGCAGACAGGACAGAACCAGGUUGUUGCCAAUUAUUAUGGAAAAUCGAAACAAGUGGAAUUUGUGCCAGGAAUACAAAUUCACUUUGGUGCUGACAACGUUGAACCUUCAACAGAUACUAAACAGAAUAAGUCUGAUAAACAACAGGAGAUCAGUGAGAUGUUGGACGAGUUGCAGAAAUCUUUCGCUAAAGUCACCGCAGCUGUAGAAGAGCAUAGAAUCAAACUGGCAGCUAUCACAAAAUUGAUAGACGAAGAAUGAGAUGACAGAAAAGAUGAAGGCCGACGUUAUGGGAAAUACGAAUACGAAAAUAAUGAUUUUCAUAUUUUCUUAUUGAGAUUUAUGACGGAGUUGUAUUACUGAUAUAUACAGUAACCUCUGUACAUGUAUAUAUACCAAUAAUAAACUUGAAGCAUU